AUGGAAGCCUUCAGGUCUCCAAAGAACCCGGCCCGUGGGGCGAAACCCGGUGGGGGGCCAGCUUCGGUCACUAUCCCGGCCUCGCCCUUCAUGCAGAGGCUUGGAUACGGCACGGGGGUCAAGGUCUACUUGAUGAAAAGAUCUCCCAGGGGUUUGUCUCGCUCCCCGUGGGCGGUGAAGAAAGUGGAUUCCAAGUGCAACAGGGGCCAGCAAAGCUUGUAUCAGCAGAGACUCAACGAUGAAGCCAAGAUCCUGAGAGACCUCCAGCACCCCAACAUCGUGGGUUACCGGGCGUUUACCGAGGCCAACGAUGGAAGCAUGUGUCUGGCCAUGGAGUACGGAGGAGAAAAAUGUCUGACUGACUUACUUGAAGAACGAAGAGCGAAACGGUUGGGCCCUUUCCCCGCUGCCACGAUUUUCAAAGUUGCCUUGAGCAUGGCGAGGGGGCUGAAGUAUCUUCACAACGAUAAGAAGCUGCUCCACGCAGAUAUCAAGUCUUCAAACGUGGUCGUUAAAGGUGACUUUGAAGCUGUCAAGAUCUGUGACGUGGGACUGUCCAUGCCCCUGGAUGAGAACAUGACCGUGAGUGACCCGGAGAUGUGCUACAUCGGCACCGAGCCCUGGAAGCCCAAGGAGGCUCUGCAGGAUGACGGCGUGAUCACCGACAAGGCCGACAUCUUCGCUUUUGGGCUGACACUCUGGGAAAUGAUGACCCUCUCCGUGCCCCACUUGAGUGAUGUCUUUGAUGACGAAGACGAGUCUUCUGAUGAAGACACCUUUGACGAGGAAGCGUAUUACGCAGCCCUGGGAACCCGCCCAGCCCUCAACAUGGAGGAACUGGACUCGUCCUACCAGCACAUGAUCGACCUCUUCUCUGUGUGCACCAGCGAGGACCCCAAGAAGCGUCCCUCAGCCGCGUGCAUCGUGGAAGCCCUGGAGGCAACCUUGGCCCAGGAGUAA